AUGGAAACUGAUCUUGAAGACCAAAUUAUAGAUGAAGACAGAAUGAAAUCUCUGACUCCUUCACCAAAUGUAGUUGAUAUGAAUCUGAAGAUCAGUCACAUAGAGUGCCAUCCAGAAUGCGUGGUCAUAGUAUUCAAGGGUCAAUGCAAGGUGGGGUGUGAACUUGACUACUACAUACUGCAAAAUGAAAUGCAACGUGUAUUCAAAGUGAAAGAUAAUGUUGACAUUGGUGGAUCUUGUUUGGUGGAAGAUGCGGAUGGAAAAUGGCAUAGAGGAAAAGUUUUGGAAAAGAAAGAGAACAUCUGUAAAGCCUUUCUUAUAGACACUGGACAGGUGCUAGUGGUUGAGGAAAUACAUAUUGCUUCUGCCGGUGAUGAUUUUUUUCAGCUGCCUCCAAAAGUAGUUUGUGGGAUUUUUGCUAACAUACUUCCUCUUGGAGAAAAAUGGAGUCCAAAAGCCAUAAACUAUUUUUCAUCACUGGUAGGACUGCAGAUUACAGGUCACGUGAAAUCUGUUACAUCAGUACAGCUGUUUAUUCUGGAAGUACCAAAGGUCAUUAGUGAUAUUCUUGAACUGCAGUUAGGAAAACUUAUUGAUGGAGAUUCCUUUUGUCUUAUUGUAGAAAUGUUGAAAGUGUUACCACCAGAAACACUUAGGAGAGUGCCACAGUUGUUGCAACAGAAACGUCCAGUCCAGGAAUUGCUUACUUUUACUAAUUCAGAGAAACCAUCAGACUUUUGGCCAGUUCCAGAUCUCUUUCCACAUCUACCAGCUGGUAGUAAAGUAAAUGUAAAAAUAACUGUUGCAAUAAGCCUGAGUAAAUUUUACUGUCAGAUACAGGAACGACAGAAAGAGCUGGAAAAUUUGACAGAAGCUAUGUCUUUGUACUAUGAAGCUAUCAGUACAGAGAAUAAUACAUCUUUUGAUAGUUUAGGGCUACUUUGUGCUGCUAAAAGGCAGAACGGACAAUGGCAUAGAGGAGUGAUAAAACAGCUUCUGCCCAAAUGUGUGGAAGUCUGGUUUAUGGAUUUAGGUAAUAUCGAAACUGUGCCAUCUAGUUGUGUUCAGAAACUUACAGUAGAGUUCAUGUCACUGCCUAUGAUUUCAUUUCCAUGUGCACUGUCUUGUUUUGGGAGUCAGGAUGAAGCAGUAAUAAAUCUUCAGCUGAAAACAUUUAUACAGGCCUUGACAGGACAGACUUCUGUGUGUGUCUGUGUUGAUUUAUUCAAUGCCAGUAAACACUUAUAUUAUAUUACGCUGAAAAAUCAAGAUUUUGGAAUUAAUGCUAAGCAUCCAGAGAACUUGAAUGAGGCGGCUGCAUCACUUGUCCCACCUUUGGAAACAAAAAUCUCUAGCAUCGGUGUAAGCUACAAAGCAAGUGUCUGGAGUUCGUCUAAAAAUCGCACUGGAAAUAAACAGACAAAGAACUGCUUACCUGAAUGGGAUAGGUCUUUAUCAAGGCAUUGCAAAAGAGUAAAAAUGCAGAUGAAUACUUACUAUAUUGCUUCUGUGGUAUAUGUCAUAAAUCCGUCCAACUUCUGGAUUCAGACAUGUGCAUAUCAGAAAGAAUUUCAAGCCCUGAUGAAUAGUAUUGCAGAUGCAUAUAACCACUGUGGAGCUGAUGACUGGGUCCUUGAAAACCCGGAACCUGGAUUACUGUGCUGUGCCAGGUAUAGCAAAGAUAAGCAUUAUUAUCGGGGUGUUGUCACUGAAGUGCUUCAUGUAAGCAUUACUGUCUACUUUUUAGAUUUUGGGAAUACAGAUACAGUACCUGGUUACGAUGUGAAAACAUUGCUUCCGGAGUUUGCUGCUUUGCCAGCUUUAGCUGUGUGUUGUGAACUUGCUUGCACUUCUCCUGUUGAAGAUGUGUGGGUUAAAAAGGAAACUGAUUUCUUCAAACAAAUUGUAUUUAACAAACUGCUGCUGUUUCAGGUCAUUGGAGAGCAAAACAACAAAUAUAUUGUUAAUGCACGGUGUAGGAAUGCUUUGCAGGAAAUUAAUGUUGCCACAUUUAUGGCUCAGGCUGGAUAUGCAGAAUACUGGGAAAGAAGACCAGUUUCUGCUCAAAAUCUGUCAAAAAAACACCAAGCCCAGAAUUCCUUCCAGUUAAAGCAAAAUUAUGUAAAUGCACGGUGCACCUCUGAUAUUUAUAAAAAUAAUGUAUCACAAAAUAGACAGGUAUUUCAACAGGAAAAAACAGUAAGCGCAUCUUCUAGGCUGAGAAAAUCAGUGAUGCCGUCCUCUUUUGGAAAAGAUGCUCUCUCUGAAAGUCAUCAGGUCAGGUCUCAGUCAUUUUCCCAGGUCACAGUACCUGAAAAAAAAAUACUUUAUAAAGAGCUUGUGUUUAAACCAGGAGCUGUUUUUGAAGUGGUGUGUUCUUACAGUGUUUCCCCAACAGAGUUUUCAUGCCAGUUGCAGAGUAAACUGCCAGAGCUAAAUACCUUAAUGAAGCAAAUCCAGACUUACUAUAAAGAGCAUACUAUUCCUUACAAAAACGGACAGGUUGCCUGUGUUGUUAAAUGUCCCAAAGAUGGGAAGUGGUACAGAGCAAGUGUUUUGCAGCAAGUGUCCACAAAUGAAGUUGAUGUGGUUUUUGUAGACUAUGGCUAUCGGGAAAGAGUUCUACUUAAUGAUCUUCAAGCUGUCCUUCCAGAUUUCCUAACUCUUGAAAGUCAAGCCUUUCAGUGCGCACUUAAAAAUGUACCCUUACAAACUGAUGCACUUAAUUGGUCUGAAGAAAAGUGUAGACUUUUUAACGACUUCAUUUCUGCUGCUGGAGGACCACUGACUUGCACUGUCUAUGCUCUAGUUCUUUUACGUCCAAACUGUUUAUGCAAUAUAGUUGACUUACAGACUCCGUUUAUUAGUCCGGAGGGCUUUCUCAGGGAAUGUGGACUCAACCAGUCUGAAUGUAUUGGAUUGCAAAGACUUGCACCUUUGGGUUCCAUGUACAGUUUUUAUUACUCAUCUUUUAAUGUAGAAAUUGGGAGUGAGGAGGAGGUUUAUAUAACUCACAUACAUAGCCCUUCAAAAUUCUAUUGCCAGCUUAAUCGAAACAGUGCAACUAUAGAGGCAUUGUCGCGAAAUGUAACUGAAAUCAGUAAGAUGGCAAAUCAUGCAAAAUAUGAUACCAUCAGUACGCGAUUAUGUAUAGCCAGAUAUUUUGAAGAUGGUCAGUUUUAUAGAGCUUUGGUUUCUCCUGUGGGAUCAACAUCCUAUCUAUGUGCUGACUUUGUGGAUUUUGGAAAUAAGCAUAUGGUAGAGACAGACCAAUUGAUGCCUAUUCCAGACUCUGCCACUGACCUAAUACUCACACCCAUGCAAGCCAUUAAAUGCUGUCUGUCUGAUCUUAAGGACACAAAAUUUCCAGCAAGAGUUAUUAGAUGGUUUGAGGAAACUUUCCUUGGUAAGUUGCUGAAAGCUGUAAUUGUAUCCAGAGAAUCAGAUGGCCAGAUUGUUGUCGAGUUGUAUGAUGGACAGCUCCAUGUAGGUCAGAAAGUUGAAGAAAAACUAUUGGAAGAAUUGGCUUACGUGACAAAUUAUACAGAACAAUUUGUUGGAAGUUAUGAAGUGAUACAGUAUGUAGAAAAUAACGGUGAAGUAAGUUUUGAAAGUCCUGAAAGGAUUCAAUUGAAAAAUAAACUGGAAUUUCAAGUAGACAAUGAGUAUUACCAGGCAGAUAAUGGAGAGAAUUUUGGAGAUGAAGAGCAAAUUACACGUAGAACACAAAACCAGUGUUGUGGGUCUUCAAAGCCGGUAACUUCAGAGGGCAGUGAAGAACCAGGUUUUCUAAAACCUUACAGUGCUGCUACAGAACACAGAGAGAAAUCUCUGGAUGGAAAGUCUGCUUCUCAAUCACUGUGUCAUCCUUCUUUAAGUUUAAAGGAAAUAACUGUAAAUGUUCUCUCUGAAUCUCGUACUGAACAACUAAAUUAUACAGGUCAGCAGGAAAGGGAUAAUGAAAAUAUUCCAAAAUUAAUCAGUCUUCCUCAACGUGAUAUUCAGGUGAAUUCUGAAGUAGCAGGGUAUAUUUCUCAUAUAAAUAGUCCAUCGAGUUUCUAUAUUCAGUUUGCAGAGGAUGAAAACUUAGUAAUUCAACUAGCAGAAGAAUUAAAUGAAAGCAUGGUGAAUAUAGGUCAUGAAAAUGGCUUAGGUGAGCUCAUGGUAGGGGAUCUCAUUUUAGCAGAGUUUGCCAUUGACUGUUUUUACUAUAGGGCAGUUAUUAAAACUCUGAAAUCAGGAAACUCCUUUGAGGUAGAGUUUAUUGACUAUGGCAAUACAGCAGUUGUAAGCCUUUCCAAAAUCUGCAGGAUUCAGAAAAAGUUGUUAACUUUGCCGAGGCUCAGUAUUCAUUGUUUCCUUAGCACAGUGAACAGUGCUCCUGAUGAAAGCUGGACUAACGAAAGUACUUCCUAUUUUGUAAACAAAACAAAUAAUAAAUUAGUCACUUGCAAAUUCUUAGAGCAAGAUGGAGAGCAAUGGAAAGUAGAUAUAAUUUGUGAUGGAAAUUCUAUCUCUGAUGGCUUUCAGCAGAAAAGUGGCAGGACAAGUUUGCAAAACAAACAAAUGCAGAGUUGGGAACAGGUGUCAAAACAAAUUCUGCUUACAAAUGGUAAUCCUCAAGAUGGAAAUUCUGUGAGUGACUUAGGUGGUCAAAGGAAAAAUCAGACUGCUAGGAUGGAAAAUAAUUCUAAAAUGUGCUUAAAUGUCCCUCCUCAGGAUCUAAAUACUGAACAAAUAGAAAGAGCAGAAAUAAUUAAUGCUUCAGCGGGUGGAGAAUUUCAUGUACAGUUACUUAAAAAUCUGCAGAUAUUAAAUGAUUUAAAUGUCAUGCUUGUCAAAGAAGCACAAAGAAGUGGUUUACUUGUGGCAGAUAACAUUGAAGAAGGGUUGGAGUGCAUGGUAAAAUCUGAAAGGAACUUAAAGUGGUAUCGAUCGAAAGUGAUAAAGAUGUUUAUCAGGGAGAGGUUAAUGCUAGUUUUUUUUAUAGAUUAUGGCAUCUAUGAGAUGGUGUCCUUAAAUAAUGCAAAGAUUCUCAGUGAUGAGAUUAAAAGCAUUCCUAAACAAGCUGUGCUUUGUGAAUGGGUUUGGUUAAAAAAAAUGAGUAAAGUUCCAUUUGUCCAUGUAGUAAAUACACUCCUAAAUGGUGGAAUAAGGAUCUUGUUUCUGAGAUACUUGGAAUCUUCUCAUAUCUGGGAAGUAGAUAUCUUAGUAGGGAAAGUUCUGCUUCAGAAAUACUUGAAUCAGCUCUUAACAACUGUUGUUGAACCGGAAAAAUCCAUUAAUACAGACUGUAUGGAGGAGUUUCAGAAGUCAUUCGGGAUGAAUUCAAUCACAUGGACACUGCUGCAGAGUGGCAGAAAGUAUUCUGGGUUUGCAACUGCAGUUACUGAUCCUUCAAACUUCAGCGUCCAGUUUGAAGACUUAUUUGAUUCCAUGAAAACCUUAUCUUUGCUGCUCUCUGAUGUUCCUGAUGACUUGCCAGCUUUGCCAGAAGAACUUGUGUUUCCUGGUAACAGCUGCUUGAUCCAGUUUGGACUGGAAGCACAGUGGAACAGAGUACAAAUUAGUGAAGUGACAAGUCAGUCUGUUCUUAUUACAUUUAUUGAUUAUGGCUUUCUGAAAAGCAUCCCCUGCUCGGAAAUCCAUAGACUUAAAGUUAUUCCAGAAAGUCUGUCUGUCUUACCACACUUGGCUUACUCUUGCUCUUUACAUGGUAUAGUUCCUGCCACAGGGGAAUACUGGAGUGAUGAAGCCAAAUUUCUGUUUCAAAAGCUUCUUAGUAAACCAAAUCUCAUAUUCCAUUUUAAACACUAUGGCUCUGGAAUGAGGUUAGAGGUUGAUAUUUUGUAUGAGGAGAAUAAUCUAGGUUGUGCCUUAGUUGCUGCUGGCCAUGCAGUCUACUCUGCAGGUAGGUGCUGUCCCAUUCCAGUUGAUGAAGUUGAAUCAACAUGCUUGCAGCCUAAUUAUCCAAAUUCUAAUUGUGGUGGUUUUCUUUGUGAACCAGAUCAUAACUAAACAAAAAUAAACCUUUUUUUUUUUUGAUAGACGUGAAGCAAAGAAAUAGGAUAGGACUGCUUGUGAUAAAAGUUCCAAAAAAGGUGUCUGGAAAGAGAGUGCUACAUCGCUAAUAAAGUAUCUUAGUUCUUAUAACAUUGGGGGGGGGGGAGGGGAGGGAGAGAAAACUAUGAAGUCUUUCAGCACUGUGAUGAUACAAAAAAUAAAAAUUGAUUUCACACAGAGUAAAUCUACUAUCAGAAGUACUGGUUGAAACUUGUCAUUCUGAUGAACCCCAGUCUCUAAAGACAGUGUGAAGAUACCAUCAAAACAUUUAUUUGAAUAAUGAUUAGGCUCCAGAUUAAGAAAAAGUACUUAACUGUAUGAAAAAGCUCACUCAACUCACAUUGAUAACUCUAUAUUUACUUCAUGGGGUUAUGUUCUUUGUAGUGCCAAGUAAUACUUAGUUUUAAGUGCCUCUGCAUAAAAGUUUUAAGGUUUAAUUAACUGUGAUUCUAACUUCUGGCUAUCAUUUGGUUCUAACAGCACAUCUUGAGUGUCUGUUUUUUUGUUUUGUUUUUUUUUUAAAAAGAUCGUCUGAAUACCUUAAAUGGCAGUUCUAUUUGUGUAAUAUUAAUGUGCAACUAACAUUUUUAAAUUUGAUUUUUGCUAAUGUAAAAUAGACUGUCUUAACUUAGGCGGUUGUACAAUACUUAAUGUUACAAAAUGGAUCCUAAUAAUUACAGGUGGUUUAAAAAGAAAAAACAAAGAGCUGUUAAGAGUAUGAUUUUGAUGUUCUGCUAAUCGCACAUUAGCUUUUUGAAAGACUUCUUAUUUUCAACACGUAAUGAAUCUAGCUUGAAAUGAUCGUUUCUUUUCCGAAGGUCUGAUGACCAAACUCCUUAAGGUAGAAACUAGAUAAUGGGAAAGUAUUUUCAGGAUUAUACUGUAAAUGAAAAUAAAGAUAACAGCUUCAGUCAUUGCUUGUAUGAAUUUUCAGAAAGGCAUUUUAGGGUUAUGUUACAAUUGUUAAAUGAAGUUGCUGGGAUGUCUUGCUAAGAUUUUAUUCCCAGUCUUCUUUCUUUGGUGUGUACUUCCCCUAUCCCCAGCCUCAGCCAUAACAGCAUCCUCCUUCCAAGCAGUAGAAGAGGCUGUGCAUGUGACCUAUUGAGAGAAAUUGUCAGAGGAUUUGAGAGUUUAGAUAACUUACGCUAUUUGUCUUUGGGCAGGCAAUAUAUAUAUGAGUAUAUAAUAAUAAUGCUUUGAUUUGGUAAAAUUUAAUUGGAAGCUAUUGCUUAUCAUUUGGUUGUAUUUCCUAAAUAUUUUUCUGUAAAUUAUGCAUUUGUUUAUACAUGUCAUUGAUUACUUUGAUUUUUUUUUAAAUAUGUAACAGUGAUAAAGAGCCAGUUGCAUUUGGAAUUAAAAAUGAUGUAUUCACUAUUUUGCCUCUUUGUCAUGAACAAUAAAAUGCUUAUCUUCUGUGUGUAA